UCCCCUUCCCGCCAUGUCCGGGCCGUUCUCCAGCAGGCUGUUCUCCCGCCGCCGUUCCUUCCUCGGAGGGUUUGUAGUGGGGGCCACAGCUGCCGGUGCUUCCUGCCUGGCCGCUCUGCAGCUGUGGGACCGGAGGAGAGAGGAACCGGAAAAGUCUCCUUUAGAAGAGUUUGGGUUCCCGCGGGCCGGUGCGGAGGUCCGGCGGUACCUUAACCAUGCGUUGUCGUAUGAUCAAGCAAAGAAGACUCCGAGAUGGGUUAUCGAGCAUCUUUCAAAAGACAAACUCGACGGUAUUGCCGACAGACAACAUUGCAAAUUUAAACCAGAUCCAAACAUCCCCAAAAUCUUUAGCGCAUCCAACGAAGACUAUUAUAAGAGCGGAUGGUCCCGAGGGCACAUGGCACCAGCUGGGGACAACAAAUUCUCCACAGAGGCCAUGGCGGAAACAUUCUACCUGUCCAACAUCGUACCGCAAAACUAUGAGAAUAAUGCUGGCUUUUGGAACAGGCUUGAAAUGUAUUGCCGAGACUUGACAAAAAAAUAUGACGAUGUUUGGGUUGUCUCCGGACCUCUAGUUUUGCCUGAAACGCAAGAAGACGGAAGAAAGAGGGUGUCUUAUCAGGUAAUUGGGAAAGAUGACGUCGCGGUGCCCUCCCACCUCUACAAGGUCAUCCUCGCCCGGCAGCAGGACUCCGCAGAGGCGUUGGCCGUCGGGGCCUUUGUGGUGCCCAAUAUCCCCAUCGGGUUUGACCGUCAGCUGCCCGAAUAUCAAGUCCAGCUCGAAGAGUUAGAGAAAAUGUCUGGGUUGAUUUUCUUCCCUGGGGCGGACGGCUUCAAAGACCUUUGCGAAGAGGACGGCUGCAGACUGAUCCAGCUCGAGGAGUUCAAGCUGUACAUUGCCGGGCGGCGGAUGAAGAACGCCCGCAACUUGCAGAAGGUCGAGAAAAUUAUGUCGGAGCUGAGAGAGGCCGAUAUAAAACCCGAUGAUUAUCUGACGAGCCUGUAUGAACAGAAAAGGAAAGAGCUGUCAGUGGAGACCAACGAUCAGCAGGAGAGAAGGAGAGGAUAAAAAGGCUGUUUGUUUUAUACGGGGGGUUUAAAAAUAUAAAAUCUUCGGUUUAUC